AUGGCUCAAUCAAUGAUGAAGAAAAUAGUCGCUAGCAGCGCCUGCCUUGUGGUGGGUCUGACAAGAAGAACCAGCUCUCGCAGCUUGCUGACAGCAAGCAAGACCUUAAAUGCUAAGAAGGAACGCGACUUACCGGCUGAGGGGGAGAUCACCAAGUCUGUGUUCAUGUCCCAAUCAACGGACAUAUUUACUAAUCUGGCUCUGGAAGACUGGAUGUACCGUAACAUGGAUUUCACUAACCAUCAUGUAAUGAUGGUUUGGCGUAAUGAACCUUGUGUUGUAAUUGGAAGACAUCAGAAUCCAUGGUUGGAAGCUAACAUCCCUCUUCUCAAUGAGAGGGAAAUAGCUCUUGCAAGACGCAACAGUGGUGGUGGUACUGUAUACCAUGACAGAGGCAACCUCAACAUCACUUUCUUCACCCCACGUGAGAGGUACGACAGGAAAUACAACUUGGAGCUGAUCAAGAGAGCACUCUUCAGAGGUUUUGGGAUCAAGUCCAUCAUUAAUGAACGCCAAGAUAUGAUCGUUCGAGAUAAAUACAAAGUAUCUGGAACAGCUGCUAAGCUUGGCCGUUUGACAGGAUAUCAUCACUGCACUCUUCUAGUCAAUGCCAAUAAGGCAGAUCUCAGCAGAGCCCUUGCUAAACGUGAGCAUGGCAUACAGACUCAGGCGACUGCAUCCACUCGCUCUGAAGUGGCCAACCUGGCAGAGAUGGACAACCGCAUUACCGUGGACAGCCUGCAGACUGCCGUCGGCUAUGAGUUCCUGCGCACAGCUGCCUUGAGCCUGCAAGACGGGGGUACCGCACAGAUCUCCAAGCAGCGAGGUUUCCAAUACAUCAACCCUACUGAUGACUGGUUCCCAGGUCUUGCGGAAAUCAAAAAUGAGCUUCAGUCCUGGGACUGGAACUUCGGUAGAACACCGGUGUUCACAGUGAGUCGUACCUUCCCCGUGCCGGCGGAGUUGCUCGCUCCCUCCAAGGUUUACUCUGCGACACAAGAGCUGGUUAUCAGCAUGUCGGUGGAGAAGGGUCUCAUCGACGACGUCACUCUUAACAUCCCUCCAGGACUCGUGGAAUCUGGAUUCCACGGCGAAGCGUCAGUCAUCACUCAUCUUAAAGGAAAGAGGUUCACCUCUGAAGCUCUGAACGCGUUACAAGAUGCUAUGCUAACACGUCAUGUGGGUAAUGACGUCAGAAAGUUGGACGACAAGGAACAGUUUGUCGCAAAGUGCUUCGACCAAGUGGUCAAUACUGUGUAA